AUGGCUAUGAACCUGAUGCAUUUACAUUGCAUCCCUUGUGGGGAGCUGCUCUUUGUCAUCAGGACUGAUCCGAGCCUCCACCAGCCCAUGUACUAUUUUCUACCCUUCCUGUCCGUCUCUGGUUUAGGUUUGUCCCUCUCUACAAUGCCAACUGUGAUGAGUAUUUUCUGGGACAACUACAGGAAAAUCAGUUUUGACAUUUGUUUUGCUCAGGGUUACUUUAUUCAUUCCUUCUCAUUCUUGGAGCCCUCAGCACUCUUGGCCAUGGCUUUUGAUCGCUGCGUGGCCACCUGCUGCCUGCUGAGAUACUCCUCCAUCCUCACCCUAGCCAGCAGGAUUGGGCUGGCUGCCCUCUGCAGAUGUCUGUUGAGUGUGCUGCCAUCACUCUUCUUGCUCAGAAGGUUGCCGUUCUGCCGCUCCCACCUGCUCUCCCAUGCUUAUUGUCUGCAUCAGGACCUGAUCAAGCUGGUGUCUGCAGACAUCGCGUUCAAUAGGAUUUACACAUUAGCUGUGGUCAUCCUUAUAGCAGUGCUAGAUCCACUUCUUAUUGUUUCGUUAUAUAUUAUGAUUUGUAAGACAGUUCUGAGCACUGCAUCCCAGAAGGAGUGUCUCCAGGUUUUGAACAUCUUCCAGUCCCAUAUCCUGGCAAUCCUGACCGUGCACAUCCCCACAGCUGGCUUGACUGUGGUUCACCACUUUCGCAAACACACUUCUCCCCUCAUUCAUGUCCUCAUGGCCAUCACCUACCUGCUGGUCCCCACCUUGCUGAACUCCACCAUCUACAGCAUCAAAACUAAACAGAUCUGCAGGGAGUCCUCAAGGUGGUAA